AUGGAAUCAGAAUUCCAUCAGUUCAUCUCUCUUCCAACUGAGAUCAGACUCAAAAUCUGGAAAUAUGCUUUGCGGCCGAGCAACGCUUCUCGUCCCGGUGUUCAUUUCUUCUCGGUGACGAACUUCAAAGAAGAUGGCGACGAGCUUGCGAAUCUGAGAGUCCAGUGUGAUCUGGGAUCCCGCUGCAAACGCAAUCACGGCGAGACUUACUACCUCGCUGCACCAAAAUUUGGCGUCAGUCAUUCUUGGACCAACAACAAUCCGUCUUCCUAUCUUUGGGAUUUUGGUAUGUGGAGCGCAUGCAACGAAUCUCGGAAAAUUAUCGAAGACCGUUAUAAGAUGGAAUACUGGGCGGCAAAGCUUCUGGAAGACAGCAAAGGCGAACAUUCCUCCGAUCCUGAUGUCGAUGCUUGCGUCCCAUUUAUCUUCCCGCGGAGAGAUGAAGACUGGCGCUUUUCCAUCCGUCCCAAUCGAGAUCUUUUAUGCAUCCAACCGCUCAAUCCGCUUACUAUAGGAUACUAUCGGAAAGAUAUCUUUCUCACGGAAGAUAUUUGUAUGGUAAAUCUCGAUACGGGCUUACAUGGCAUCAAAAACAUGGCGUUUGAGUAUGAUUCGAGCUGGUGCGACGACCUUAUGGUGGUAUCCUGUCCUCAAGAUUUUCGCGCUUACUUUGAGGAGAAAAGCUCCCGAGGUCUCUUUAUUCGCUAUAUCCUGGAAUCAAAAGCUUGGGGCUACCGGGAUGAUCCAAUUUGGCUCAUCGAUUACGGCCUAAAACGAGACCCCCUGAAACGUGGCCUUGGAAAGGAUCGCCCCCGUUCACCUUGGCGUGAACACAUGACGUUCUAUGCAAAUGACCGAAAAUUCGUCGAAGUUGACAAAAGGUCAAAGAAAGAGUAUGACUCCACCAAAAAAUGGUCUGCACUUGACUUCUUGGCUGAACUCGAUGAUAUGCUUGGAGGUGUCGAGCCCGAACACAUGCUCCGCCAUUAUGAGGAGAAAUUUAGCUCGGCUGACUUUUGUGAGCUUUGCGAAGAUGGUGAAAUGAUGGGAUUUCGAUACCGUGUUAGCAGUGAUGUCAGGAUUCUAGCAUGCGAGGAGAACGAAUGA